UGGCGGUGCCGGUACGGGCGGUCACAUGCGCACCUGGGGGGGCGGGGUCUGUGGCGACGCGGGGUGUCUCCCGGCGGCGGGGCGGCCCCGGCGCUCAGUGCCGGGCGGGGCGGCUGCACGGCGCCGGGCCCCCGCGGUCGGGCGCAGCGCGGAGCCGGCCCGGCCCCAUGCCGAGCGCCGUCGCUGCCGUUAAGCCCCGCCAUGGGCGGCUGCGUGGGGCGGCAGCGCCGGGAACGGCCCGCCGCCGGGAACACCCGCAAACGAGCAGGCCGCAAUGAGCCCCUGAAGAAGGAGCGUCCCAAGUGGAAGAGCGACUACCCCAUGACGGACGGGCAGCUACGCAGCAAGCGGGAUGAGUUUUGGGACACGGCGCCUGCCUUUGAGGGCCGCAAGGAGAUCUGGGAUGCCCUAAAGGCAGCUGCCUAUGCCGUGGAGGCCAACGACCACAGCCUGGCCCAGGCCAUCCUUGAUGGAGCCAGCAUCACCCUGCCCCACGGGUCCCUGACGGAGUGCUACGAUGAGCUGGGCAACCGGUACCAGCUGCCCGUCUACUGCCUGGCACCUCCCGUCAACCUGAUCCUGGAGCGGAGCGAGGAGGAGGCAGCGGAGCCGGCCGAGCCCCUGCCCAACGCCCGGCGGGAGUUCGCCCUCAAGGUGCGGCUCUCCACCGGCAAGGACCUGCGGCUCAGCGCCAGCAUGGGCGACACCAUCGGGCAGCUGAAGAAGCAGCUGCAGGCACAGGAGGGCAUCGACCUGGCCUGGCAGCGCUGGUUCUUCUCAGGCAAGCUGCUCACUGACCGCACGCGGCUGCAGGAGACCAAGAUCCAGAAGGAUUUUGUCGUGCAAGUGAUCGUCAACCAGCCCCUGCCACCAAGGAACUGAGCCCCCCCACACUGGUUGCGGGGAGAGGGCAGGGGGCUGGGGGCAGUGGCACCUCUGGGGAUGCACCAAGCUGUGUCCCAGCUCUGCCAGAGUAGGGGCAGCCCCUGCUCCCCCCCAGGCUGCCCCCCACCUGGGUGACCCCGCAGAAAGGGCUUUGUGAGGCUGUGCUGGUGCGGUGGCCCUUCUCGGCUGGGGGCACAGGCAGGCGCUGUGUUUGCUGCAGGAGGUUUGAGACCAAAUGUCCCUGGGGGGGGUCGGCACAGCUGGGGCCCCGCUGCCAGGCUGUGCCUGCGGGGAGAGGCCAUGACCCGCUGGGCUCCGGCUCCCCCUGGCCAGGAGGCCCUGGGGUGCUGGGCUGGGUGGAGAUGUCUCCCCUCUGUACAUAGUCUGUAUUUAUCAAUAAAGCCUUUUCAUCCUUC